CAAUGGACGGAACUAGGUCGAAAAAUAAAGUCAUUGUUGUUGGUGGCGGACUGGUUGGUGCCCUUUGCGUGUGUUUUAUGGCGAAAAGGGGCUACGACGUCUUUAUGUACGAAAAAAGGGAAGAUAUGCGAAAAAUCAUUGUCGAGCGAGGCAGGUCCAUCAAUUUGGCACUUUCGCACAGAGGAAGGAGGGCUUUGCGCCACGUUGGCCUGGAAGACGAGAUCCUGAGCAACGCAGUUCCCAUGCUUGGCCGUUACCUGCACAAACUAAACUGUCGGAACGAUUACGUGCCUUACGACCCCGUAGCGAACCAGUGCAUAUAUUCCGUCAACAGAAACUUCCUUAACCAAGUACUGCUCAACGCCGCGCAAGCGCACGGAAACGUGAAGCUAUUUUUCAAACACAAAAUGACCAAGGUCGAUUUCGCAUCCAGUACCAUUACCAUCACUAAUUUGGACACGGGCGAGAUUAAAACCGAGUCGGCGGACUUGGUGGUAGGAGCCGAUGGAGCUUUCAGUGUUUUGCGCCAACAUAUGCAGCUGACGCCCAUGUUUGACAUGUCGCAGGCUUAUAUCGAACACGGCUACAUGGAACUAUGCAUUCCGACGGAGCGAGGGACCAACCUCAAACCGAAUUGUUUACACAUCUGGCCUAGGGGAGAGUUUAUGAUGAUCGCUCUGCCAAACCAGGAUACCUCGUGGACCGUCACCUUGUUCAUGCCAUUCGAGAAAUUCGAAUCCGUCAUCAGCGAAGACGAUGUGCUGAGUUUCUUCGAAGCGAAUUUUCCGGACUCUGUGUCAGCCAUCGGGGAACGAGCUUUGGUGGACACCUUUCUGGGAAGCAAACCGUCAUCGUUGGUGUCCAUCAAGUGCAACAGGUACCACGCUGGCGAUGGGUUUCUUAUCGUCGGCGACGCUGCGCAUGCGAUGGUACCAUUUUAUGGGCAAGGAAUGAACGCCGGUUUUGAAGACUGUUCAAUCCUUCACGAAAUCCUAGAUGAGACAGAAGACAACAUCCCAAAGUCGAUAAAAGAUUUCAGUAGCAGACGUAGAACAGAUGCGCACGCAGUAUGCGACCUGGCCAUGUACAACUACAUCGAGAUGAGGGACUUGGUGACUAGACCGACCUACAGACUGAGACGGAUGCUCGAUUGUUUUUUGGAGCGGCUGUUUCCGGGGUCGUGGACUCCGCUGUACAAUUCGAUUUCUUUCGGGCACACUCGGUAUAGUCAGUGCGUUCGUAAUCGGCAGUGGCAAGAUAAGAUACUCAAAGUGGGUUUAGCCUCAUGUGUCCUACUGGCAACGUUGAUCAUCGUAUUUUUGUAACGCUUGGAUAUCAAUUUCAAAAGGAAUUUCAUAAACAUUCCCGACGCAAUGCUUUUUUCAUUUUAUUUAUCCCGAUGAUGCCAUUACGCAGGAACGAUGUUUCGGCAAAUGUUUUGACACGCUGUAAAUAAAAGAGAUUAUCGAUUCGAUAAUGGGAAAAUUGUAUUACGGCGAGCAAUUUUACAUAAUUAAAGUCCUUAGACAGGUGCAACUGCAGAGCCGUAACCCAUCGAUUGAUGGAUAUGGUAUUUAAAACUAAUACCUAAUGCAUAUUUCUCCAAGUGAUAAUGGAAUCUUUUGAUUAGUUUUGGCUGGUUUUGCGUUCAAGUAAAAUAUAAAAUUGUUUAAAAAAAUGGUUAAUGUCAAAUACGUUUACUAUUGCUUCCUUUUCUCCAGUUAUUAAAUUACAUUAGUUAAUUAAUCCGUGCAACAUUUGAAUUUUAAUUUAUAAUUCUUUAUAAUUAUUAACUGAAUUGCUUCAAUAAUCAUUUAAGUUUUUUGUUAAAACUAUCAACAGCUUCAUAUACCCAAUGCAAUCACUUUAUGAAGAAUUUUUCACCUUUUGGCUAGUACAAUUAAAAUACCGAAUCUUUAGUCCAAUGUCCAUCCAUUUUGCUAAAUUAAUGCUCAUAAGUUCUCGUGAUUAACUACUACCAGUG